AGAAAAAAAGAAAAAAGAAAGAAAGAAAGAAAGAAAGAUACAACGGAUGGGAAAAGAAAAAAAUACGUGAUAAGAAACAUCCCAAUUACAUUUUAUACAAAAUAAAAUAUUUUGAUAUAAAUCAAGAAGAGAAAGAUAAAAGAUCGAUUAAUUCUCGACUUCCUUCAACCGAACUAGUUAUUAUUACAGAGAAGCAUUCUCGCACGUCUCUCUCGUCGAUAUUCUCUUUACGUCGCGUGAAGAUGCGAAUUAGUAAUUCUCUGGAUUCGCGUGAAUUGUUAAAUCUUUUAAAGAUAAAUCAUUGUGUACCUUUUUCUCUUUUGUCCUUUUCCUUUCUCUCUUUUUCGAUUCAAAGAGAAGGAUUCUUCGUCGAUUGAAAAAAGGAUUAUCAAGCGCACGAGCUCGUCUCUCGUGUCCUUGCUUGAAUGCAAGUGUGUUGGAGCGAGCACGGCACGUAAAUGAAUAUUUACGAAGGAUUGUCGUGGUACCGAAGGUCCACGUGCUCGUGGAUCACCGUAGCGGCAACAGUCGUAUUCUGACCGUCGUCGUUCAAAGUGCGUGUAAUCGUUCCCAGUAAUUUCUUCAUUAUUAAGAUAUUUGCCUGUUUCUUUUAUUCUUUUGAGUGUCAUUAUAGAGAAAGAAAUAGAUAGAGAGAGAGAGAGAGCGCAGGGAGAGAGAGUGAAAGAGAAAGAAAGAAGGUGUACGAGAAAAGAAAGCAAGAGAAGGUGGAGGAGGAAGAAGAAGAAGAAGAAGAAGAAGAAGAAGAACAGCAGUGGAAGAACGAGUUCACUUUCGUUCAUCGAGUUCUCUCUCAUGUCGUCGAUCUUCUAAGAGGGACGAAUCAUUCUUGACCUUCGCAAAAUGGGCUGCGAUCAGCUCGCACUUCUUCUUUGGAAAAAUUAUAUUAUUCGCAAGCGACAACCAGGUAUUCUAGCCUUGAUAUUUCUAUGGCCGAUUCUGGUUUUUAUAAUACUCUAUACAGUCCGAGACAAUGUCGAUCCAGUAUAUCAUUCGACUUGUCAUUUCCCGUCAAGAUCGAUGCCUCAGGAUGGACUUUUACCUUUUGUUCAGAGCUUUAUCUGUAGUAUUGGAAAUACUUGCGAACCUCUUUCGGAAUACGAGGAAGUGCCAACAUACAAGAAUGCUAGUUUAGGUCCUUUAGUGGUCGAUAUGCAGCCAAUACUCAGCAACGAGACGAUUCUCUCUGCGGUGAAAACGUUACCGAAGAGUAUUCAACUUCUUAAGUCAAUGGCGCAGAUACUCACCCGACCGGAAAUCAAAGCGUUGUUUGACAGAGGUAUUUACCUCGGCGACCUCUUCAACAAUCACGAUCGGAUCAAGAGCUUUCUAAGGGCUCAAAUGCCACGAGCAAGUACUACCUUCGUCGAUAGUUUAUUUGAAUCGUCAAUAAGGUUGUAUUAUCUUAUUGAAACAUUCGGCUCGACGAACGUCGACGGUAUCGUUUGUUCACCAGAAAAUCUAAAAAAAUAUAUGAUCUUAUCGAAAGAAGAGAAUUAUGCGGAAAUCUCGAAGGUCCUUUGCGAAUUGAAUGCCGACAAAAUUCCAGAUAUAUUAUCCGAACUCUCGAAACAUAUUGAUUUUAAUAGUUUGUUGGGCAUGUUCGAUCGUGUGAUGGGAAAAUUUCGCGAUUAUGAUUUUUUCCAAGAUCUCAGCCUCACGGUCGAUACUAUUGUGAAUUUGAAAUCUAUAGAUAAAUACGUCCCGGGAUAUCUUAGAAUUCGAGAAUGGCUACCUAACGUUAUAAUGCUCUUUCGAAACGUCACUUUCAAGGAGAUUGAUCUUACUUUUAUAAAUAAAACUGUAAAGCUAUUAGAUCCUAUUUUUGAGAAAGAACAUGAUUGGAGGACGGCUCGUCAUGGAUUUUUAAAAUUGAAUACGUUACUUGGAAUGGUCAAGGAAGUUCUCCAUAAUCGUACUAACGAAUCAUCCGAUGAUUUUUUCUCGUUGUUCGAUAAUUUAGUAAAAACUAUCCAAGAUUUUUCGCUUAAGAAAACGAAUGAGACACAAGUUACGAAAAUAUUAGAUAUGGCAUUUUUGGUUCUGAAAGAUGGAAUGACUUUGACCGAAAAAUUGUUAACUCAACACUCCGAUGAAAUUCUUUUAGCCGCUGAAAUUAUCGAUAAUUUAAAAUAUUAUUUCUCCGAGCACAUAGUAAACUCACUUACAUAUGCGAGUUCAUUGAUUGAGAAUAUAGUGCGAAUGACUCAUCACGUGGCUGUCAUUCAUUUAGAAACUGAAAGGAACAUUUAUGAAAUUUGUAAAAAUCAUGAAGAAUUAUUACAAAAGAUUCUAACAAAUAUUGAUCCAAUAGUUUAUCGAACCAUUAUACGAUCCUUUUCUCGAUUAAAUUUUGUGGAGCGAUUAGUAGACGGUGCAAAGGAUAAGAAAUUUGAAGAAUUUAUUUGUGAGAGAAAAAUUUUAAACGAGAUAUUCGACGAUUAUCAGAAUCUGACAAUUGUCCAAUCGAAAAAUAUAGAUGAUAUAAUUUGCAGUGAUUCCGGAAAGAAAUUCAUUUCCGAUAUUCACGCAAAUUUUCAUUUUGAGGAUUAUGAAAAAAUCAUAGAAAAUACUUUGGCCACAUUAGUCAGUAUGUUUUUUAAAUAUACUGUUGGAAUCGAACAAGCCAAUCUUACAACAGUUGUACAAGUUACCAGAGCUUUCAUUUCUUAUUUGGAAUCUCCGAGAAGGGAUGAUCCAGAUUGGAGUAUUUUCGAAAUUAAUGAAAAUUGGUCAAAGGCUUUCGAGGAUACUCGAAGUAAAGGAAGAUUAGACGUUUUAGGAAUUUAUUUGAGUGUUGCGAAGAUGUGCGGUUCCCGUAGUUUAUCCUAUUUCACGGUAAAACCUAGAUUACAAGAUAUGAAUAAAUUAGCUAUAAUCAUUUUGCGAGAUCUUCAAACUCAACCAACUAGUUGGAUCGAUCAGUUUCGCCGGCACAAAUAUGAACUGAUAGAAUCAUUUUAUCUUACCGUCACGGACAAAGAAAAGAGCUUGAAAAUAUUAGAAUAUUCGAAUUUUACGAAAUCGUAUUGCAUCGAUAAGAAUCCACCAAACUUAAUAGCAUAUCCUAAGGGAUCGGAUGAGAAGCUUUUAAAAGAAUUGAUUUGUCGUGUUUCGAGAUCUGUAGAAAAUGAUCUAAUGAUAAAUAUCAACGUUGUCAAUUUCAAUGACGAAGGUUUAUCCAAAGGGAAAAUGAAUACCUUCAAUUGGACGAUGUUCAACGAAGAGAUCAUUCAGAUUUACGGAUACAUUGAUAAUAUUUUAUUUCAAGAGGACGAGCAGUACGAUCUAUUGAGAUUGGAGUAUCUCAAAUCUAAUUUUAAAACAGCGUGGACGACAAAUCUCACUUCGAGGGACGCUUGGGAGAUUAGCGUAGGUGUUUUAUGUAAGAUUUUCAACAUAAUGGAAAAGCCCAUUUUCAAGAUACAGGAGCAAACUUUUUGGAAAAAUAUCAACGCGAUCGCGUGGGCUUCUUCGAUAAUCUUUGAAAACUUAGAAAAAACUAUCAAUCAGAUUCGUAAGAACGAUGGUAUGAUUAAGCUUCCGGAGAUUAUAAAUGAUCUGCCGGAAACGCAAAUCUUAUUGGAAACUUUCUUUCGCAAUUUCUUAUCGAUCAUAUUCGAUGCAAUCGAUUUGAUUUCAUCGAACUUUCCUUUUCAUAUUAUGAGUUAUAUCGAUAAGUAUAAAGAACGCGAAUCUGAUUGGCCAUGUGUGCAUAAUGAGAGUAUUGGUGAAGUUUUGGAAUUAAGGAAUGGAAGUCGAUCAUUUUUAAGAGUACUCGAGAGAAUAACUUGCGAUUCUACUGGAUUUAUUAAAGAGUGGGAAAAUCAUCCUAUUAUAAUGAAAGUUCAAAAUAUUAUUCAAUUCAAUACCCCCGCAUUACUACCACCAUUUAAUUGGACGUUGGGAUAUACGAAAUUCCGUGGUCUAGUGGAAACAUUUGAUACUUUCAUUAUCGACACAAAGGAAGUAAUUUUAGCAGAAAAUCCAAAAUUGCUACCGUAUAUGAAGGUGGCUGAACCGAAAAUAAAGAGAAUCUUUGACGAACGUUUAUCAAAUAUUGAGGUCACUAGGAGGUCAUUUUUGGAUUAUAUCGAUUUGAAAUUAGACGAGACGAUCAAAGUAUUUCAAAGUAACCUCACGAUGAGCGAUUUAUGGAAAUUGAAGAUUACUGGGAUCGAUAGGAUACUUGUUAUUGGAAAAUUUCUUUCGCAUGUCCUCCACGAAGCAUUUUCAUUUGUGAGGAAUAUUUUUCAAGAUGGAUCCAAGGACAUCAAUUUAUUAUCCAUAUUAGGUUUCAACAAUGAGAGUGUGGUCUCGAUAAUUUAUAAGAAAUUACCGUAUAUUUUAUCAACAUUGGUGAACGGCCUGUCUGAUAACAGAAUCGAGAAUAAAAUUGUACAAACAUUAAAGAACCAUGCGAAAUUCAAUUGCACAGAUUUAUUCGAUUGGUGGUCCGACGUUAGAGUCGGUCUUAGUAUCGAGGAAUAUACGAUAUUAAAAAAGUUUACGUGUUAUCUUAGUUCAGAAAAUUUCAAUGGUUACGUGAAUUUCGCUGCUAACGAAAGGGAAAUAUUUUCGAAACCAGUAAGUGGUUAUCGAUUGUAUAUGUUAACUGUAAUCGGUGAUAUCUACGAUUUUGGAAAAGCUAUAAAUAAAAUACUAAAUACAACGAUAACUAUCGAGAGACCUUUUACUAAACUAUACUUCAAGAAUGUAUUAAUAAAACUGAGGGAUUCCCUGGAAUACGUCGAGUCCACUUCAUUUAAGAUCGCAGAAUUAAAUACUACAUGGGCAAACCACAAGCUGAUCAUUGAAGGUAUUUCCGAAGCUUUGUUUAAUAUUGCCGAAACUUUGGAGACUUUGGAAAUAAAGGACGAUGAAAUAUAUAUCUGGCAAGCGGUGAAAAGUGGCGAUGUUCAACAAUUGUUGAAAAUUAUGGAAGCUUCGCCUGAAGAAGCGAUAGCAUUAAUCGCUAGGCUUUUAACGAUAGAUAAAAAGACUUCUCAGAUUAUGCCUUUUGAAAAUAUUAGAGCAACGUUUUGUGAUCCUCACUUUAUUCCUAAUUAUUGGGCCAUUAAAGAUAGGAAUUAUUUCCUAAUGAAAGUUUGCGCUUUCGAUCCGUAUCAAGUAUUGAAAUCUAUUACCAGCAUCGAAUUAUAUGAAGCUGUCGAAGGAAAAAGGGACGUUAUUAUAAAGUCAACACCUUUACCAUUAUCAUUGAUAAAAUUCUUAGACGCGGUAAUAAAGAUUAUAUCUUCGAACGAUAAUAUAAUCGUUAGAUCAAACAUCUUUAAUUCGACAACCUGGAGGAAUUUAUCGUCAGACACGUGGGAUCUUAUAAAAAAUGCCGAAGCUUCAUGGAUUUACGAAAAUAUUAAACUUGAAGAGGCCCUUAAGAAUUUAAACAAAUUGAUGAACUUCUUAGCGGACCUUUCGUCGGGUGGUGACAUUUGGCAGAAGCUACGAAACGUCUACAAGAAUACGAAAAUCAAAUCGAUCUUGACGCUGAUCGAAGACAUGCCCAAUCUCGUUAUCACCGUUAUAGACACAUUCUUCACUUCGGAAAGAUUAAAUGACUUUGUCGAAAAACUUUUUCUCGGUGAAGUAAAACCUUGCGACAUCGACAGGUAUUUGAUACCAUCAAGCUUUGUAAGAAAAAAGGGUCUUCUUUCGAGCAUCACUAACUUUUGCCAGAACGUUCUUGCAAAUGAUAAAUUCCCUGAUGCUUUGGACUUCUUACUUUUCAACUUAGAUAACGUGAGUAACUUUGUUACGUACAAUGGUACGGAAAAACAUUGGAAUGAAAGUUAUUUUGUCGAAGAAAUUAAUAGUUCGUUAUAUACUUUAAUUCGCGUGAGUUUGGAAGGCUAUAAGAAUCUAAAGGUUCCAACUUGGUGGACGUCUUUUGAAGAGGGUACUCUCAAAGACUUUUCUUUGGAAUACAAAAAGAAGGACUUACGGACAUUGGCUCAUUCAGUCGUGAAUAAAUUAGGAAGUUUGGUUAAAAACCUUGUGAAAACAUCAUCUACUGCCAAAGAGUGUUCAUGGUGCACCACGCUUAUGAUCGAUAUCAUAAAUUCACAGUUAUCUCGACAUGCGCUUUAUGCACAGCUUAUCUGUGAUAUGAAUAAAUUAAACAACUCUGAAAUUCAUGAACGACUAAUUCAUGAAUUUUAUUGGAACAAAACCGCGAGCAUGAUCGAAAAUUACAAAUAUUUAAAUAAUCAGAAGACAUUAAAUGAAUAUAUAACCAGUAUCGAGGCGACUUUUCACUAUAUCGCAGACAUCGUCGUUGAUUUUCAAAACGAAACAUAUAAGGAAAGGAUCAAUCAUUGUUUUCACAAGUUCAUCGGAGAUCCAGCGUUCUCGAGGCCGGGCUUAUACGUAAUAUUCGUUACUGGGAUUUUGGAUAUACUACAAAGGAAUACUCAUUUGAUUGAUAUUGCGAGACAUCAUGAGAACAUAAUUAAUUUGACGAAUCUUGCUGAAAAAAAUGUGCCCAUUUGGAAGCCAUUACGAGAAGUCGUGAAGAAGUCUGACGUUGAACUCGUUGAUGAUUUCUUACCGAAUGCGACGAUCAACGUGAAUGCUAUAUUGAGUGAUAGAAAUCAUUCUUUAUGUCGAACCGUUUUCGAGUGUAAAAACAUGAGCGUUCUCUAUCAAUUCUUAAGCUCGAAGAGGGCUGGCAAAGUUCUACGAUACGAUCUCAAAGCGGCCAAGUAUCCGUCUGUAAUGGAUAUUUCUGAUCGAUUAGCGAAGAGCUUAGAUCUGUCUCUGAUAAAACGGAAAAUAAUACAUUGGCGUCAAAACGCAUCGUGGGAUCUGACAUGGUUGAAACAGAUCUUACAUCAUUUAAGUGUUGUCCUCAGUGAGGGUGGUAAUCUCUUGGACGUUGCCUUUAAGAUAGAUUUCAAGGAUAUUUCCAAUGUUCUCAGUAUGCCCGAUAUCGUAGAUGGUGUGGUUAAUCUUCUGAAGGACAAGACCAUCGAUAAAAUAUUUUCAGGAAUGCACGAGAUUUUGGAGGACGUGGAACCGUUUCUGAAUGAUCAAAAUUUGAUCAAAGAUUUGUAUAACAUAAUCGUUUCUUUGGAGUCAAUGGAAAUUUUUAAGAAUUUGGGCUUAUUGAACGUUAAAUAUGUCAUCAGCGAUAUGUUCGAUAAUUGGGAUACAGUGAGAACUUAUUUGAUCAAUAAGAUAAAUAUAUCGAAGGAGGUGGCAUUGAUUUUGAGUCAAGCUAAAAUCGACAUGAUAUCGGUUUUUAUGAAGGAAAAACGUGCGUUUAGUUUGAAGGAUACGAUUUGUUCGCCAUCUAAGUUAGGAGAUAUGUUAAACGUUGAACAAACUAAUAUAACGAUCGAUGAAAUUAGCACGGUACUUUGCAACUUGAACAAUACGCAAACGCAAAAUAUCGCUAUCACUUUAAUUAAGAAUUUAAAUUUCGACUAUAUUCUCAAAACCUUAUUAAGCGCAAAUGUAAAAAACAUCAUGGCAAAUGCGAAUUUAACGGAAGCCGAAGGAAAAUUGGUAUUGGAUAAUCUAGGAGUCGUUUCCGAAUUGAUUCCAUUUUUUAAGGACAAACUUUCAGGGAACUUAAUUUCUCCUGAGAGUUUACAAUCCGAAGACGAGUCCGAUGCUAAAGAAAUAAUAUCGAGCUCGGAAUUUCUUACGGAUUCGAGUAGAAUGCUUUGUGGUAAAAUGAUAAUAGACAACAACAAUGGAUUUUACAAAAUGAUUGCAAGUAUUCAGGAUAAUACGAAAGAAGAUGAUCAGAUCGAGCUCGAUUCCUUACCAAGUGAUUUCUGUAGGGAGACUUACAAAAGUUUAACCAACAUGGGUGCUGGAAAGAUUAUUUGGUCCUAUGUUAAACCAUUAUUACGUGGUCAGAUACUUUACGCGCCUGAUACUAUCGUGAUUAAAAAAGUUAUGUCCAUCGCGAAUGAUACUUUCGUACAGAUGGAUCAUUUUAGUCAAUUGAUGUAUAGUUUCGUGGAGACACUUAAAUCAUUGGCAAGCCUUUCGGAAAUGGGUGAUAGUCUCAACGAAUUGCAGGAUAUUAUGACAUCGAAAAUUAUGCGAAUAGCUAUCAAGAGUUUUGGUGGUGGAAACUUUGAGGGUGAUUUUUCGAACUUUAAUAUCGGCGAGAUAGCAUGGAGAUUAAAAAGAUCGAAAAGACUGAUUACUAUGGUAGAAAUGUUGAAUAAUCUGAUGGAUUGCGUAUUAAUCAAUCGAAUGAAAGGAUUUUCAACGGAGGAAGAACUCCAAACGUACGCUCGUUCUCUCAUGGAGACAAACGAGUUCUUAGCAGGAAUCGUCUUUUUAGAAAAGGAAACGGAAAGGUCUAAAAGAUCAUUGGAUUAUGGAUUAUCGGAUAAUGUCACGUACAAAAUUCGUAUGGACGUAGAUUAUGUUCCAUCGACCAUAAGAUUAAAGAAUCAAUUUUGGAUACCUGGACCGGAAAGCAGUUUUAUAGAAGAUCUUAGAUAUCUUCGAGGUUUCAUACAGCUUCAGGAUGCCAUCGAUCGUGCAAUUAUUAAAAUAAAAUCUCAAAAGGAUCAAAAUUGGAAAACGUUCACGCAACAAAUGCCUUAUCCUUGUUGGAAACAAGUACCCUUUCAAACGACUCUUUACGAAUCUCAGGGCCUUCAAGUAUGUUUCUUUUUUGCCUUUAUGAUGUGCGUUGGAUCAAUCGUUCGACAUAUCGUGUGGGAAAGAGAAUCUAGGAAUUCUAUGGUGAUGAGUGUUAUGGGACUGAAGCCUUGGCGAAAUACCUUUGCUUGGUACAUAACUUCCUUUAUCGAGCUAUCAAUCAUAAUUAUUUGUAUCAGUUUGAUUCUCUUGGCUGGAAAAAUUCUUCCAAGAUCUAAUCCCAUCCUGGUUCUAAUUCUUCUCUUCGAUUAUAUAUUUUCUAUCCUAACGUUUUGUUACAUGAUAUCGACGAUGUUCAGUUCAGCGAGUCUUUCUGCAAUUACGACAGUAGUUAUGUUUUUAUUAACUUACAUGCCAUAUAUCAUUGUUAUCGCAAUGGAAGCUGUUUUUGGCUUGACUUAUAAAUUAUUAAUCUGUCUCAGUAUGUCAACUAGUUUCUGUUAUGGUUGCCUUUAUAUUGUUCGCAAAGAAGUACAAGGUACUGGUGUCACGUGGAAAAAUAUAUGGGAAGAAUCUAGUCCUGGUGAUCCAAUGUCCUUAGCUCUGAUCCUUUUUAUGAUAGCUUUUGAUGGUUGCAUUUACGUUUUGAUUGGUUAUUUCAUCACAAAGUACACCAAUUCAGGCAGGGACUUUCUUGGUUUGAGGUCCCGUAGCUUAUGGUGGGCCAACACACGUUCUCUCUAUGGCAGGCCCAGUUACCUCACCUUCGUCAACAACCUCUAUUUCACUAACGACGUUCUGCACCUUUCAACCACUUAUCAAGAGGACGAUUCAGACGUGAGUAAUUUGACGGUGAAUGAGAAACAAAUCGGCGUGAGUUUCGACAACGUUCGUAAAGUUUAUAAUACCGACAUUGGAGAAAUCGUAGCCAUUGAUGACUUCACUUUGAAGCUUUGCGAAGGUGAAGUGACCAGCCUUCUUGGAAGAAACGGAGCCGGAAAGACAACAAUCAUCAAGAUGUUGACGGGUAUGGUAGCUCCGACCAACGGUGAAAUAUGUUUGAAUGGUGAAGAGGGUUGUAAGCCAGACAUAGGGGUGUGCCCUCAGGAUAAUGUGCUCAUCGACACUUUGACGCCAAGGGAGCAUAUGAUCUUUUAUUCGAAGCUCAAGGGCCAAAAAGACAAUAUGAAUAUGGAAAAAAAUGUUAACGACAUGCUAAGUUCGUUAGAAUUAGGUCGACAAGAGCACGAGCCGGUGUAUCGUUUAUCAGGCGGUACAAAGCGUCGACUUUGCGUAGCCCUAGCCUUUUUAGGUUCACCAAAAUUGGUGAUCCUCGAUGAGCCAGGCGCAGGUGUGGAUCCUGCAGCCAGAAGAAGAAUUUGGCGACUGAUCGAUCAACAUCGUAUAGGUAGAACAGUUCUUCUUUCUACUCAUCAUCUGGACGAGGCUGACAUGUUAAGCGACACAGUUGUUGUCAUGCACAAAGGGAAGAUCCUUUGCACUGGUUCACCGUUGACUUUAAAAAUGAAUCAUGGCAGAGGUUACAGAUUAAACGUUUCUUAUCCACCAACCAAUAUCUCUAGUGGAUCCAUCGAGAACAAGAACUUGAUGAUACUUCGAAAUAUCAUUGAAGGCAUCGUGUCUAAUUAUAAUAUUAAUGAAACAUCUGAAACUGAAGUCAUCGUUACUCUUCCGUUUCAAGGAAAACAUGGUAAUAAUAACGACAUAGCCCAAGUAGCAAAGGUACUCGAAGAUAAUCAAAAACUUUUAGGAUUUAUUCAUUUCUCCUUGGAAUGUGAUACUCUCGAAAGAGUCUUUUUGGAUUUAUGUGCACGCGCCGAUAAUAAUUCAUUGUUGAACGGAGCUAACAUAAACAAUGCUGACAAAGUGAAUCAUAUUGGAUUGCCCCUUUCGAACGACGAGAUUGAUAUGAUAGAUCUAGAACCCUCGCCAAAGCCUACAUCAUUCAGACAAGGAAAGGCUUUAUUGAAAAAGCGAUUGUGGCAUUUCGCAAAGGACUGGAGAUCGCCCUUGGCCACCCUCAUUUUACCGACCGUCUUCGUUGCUGUGGCGAUGGGGUUCUCUCUAAUAAGACCACCAUCCGAGGAUGAGCCACCAUUGGCACUUAACCCGAGGCUUUACGAUACCCAUCCAACUUACUUCUACAGUAUCGACAACAGCAAUGAUCCAUUUUUGCAACAUGUAUCUCUUCAAUUACACGAUAGAUUUGGGGACGAUUAUGCUGGUGCUUGGCAAACUUUACCAAACGAUACGGGGACGUGUGAAUGUGUGGAUGGUCAACAAACUUGUCAAGGUGUGUCACAAGCGGUAGAAGGACUUUUACAAACUUUACCUGGUCGACCAACUCUUGAUUGGAUUGUUUCAACUCAUCAAGAAUAUAUUGAGAGAAGAUACGGUGGAUGGUCACUUUCACAUUGGAAGGACGAUCCCCUUUUCGUCGUUUGGUAUAACAAUAAAGGUCAUCACUCGAUGCCGUCCUAUCUUAACGCCCUAAACGAAGCGAUACUUCGUGCUUCAGGAGUCAACGGACAUUUAACGACCCUGAACCAUCCAUUGAAGCUUUCAAGAGACCAAUUGAAUCGAACCACAUUAUUGCAACGUGUCGCCGACGUUGGCAUUGCCUUGGUUCUUUUAAUCGCAUUUAAUCUGGUUGGCGCACAAGGAACGAAGGAAUUGGUUAGAGAAAGACUCUCGGAAGAAAAAAGAAUACUUUAUCUGGCUGGAGUUCACCCGGUGACUUACUGGACGACGGCCUUGAUCUGGGAUUUUCUAAUUUUUGGAUGUUCCAUUUGCUCGGCUGUCGUAGUUUUUGAAAUAUUCGGCUUAUCCACUUACGUUUCUAAAGAUAAUUUAGCUGGUGUCUGUUUAUUACUCUUUCUCUUCGCUUGGGCUGUCAUUCCGUUCUCCCACUUAGCCGAGAAGGCAUUCGACGAUUCCAGUUUGUCCAACAUGGUUCUCUUUUGUGUGAACACCUUUAUAGGCGUGAGCUCUCUUGCUACUAUUUUGGUGAUCGAUAUUCUUGGAAAGACUCAAACAGCUGCCGAUGUCAGAAAUGUUCUUCAUCGAAUUCUCAUGAUCUUUCCACAAUACGUUCUUGGCGAUGCUCUCGUAGAAUUAUCCAAGAAUGACAUCACUGCCGAACUCUUGAAGAAGUUUCACAUGAAUACUUAUAAGUCACCAUUAGGUUGGGAUCUUUUAGGCGUUCAUUAUAUUUUUCUUAUAAUUAUUGGUGCUCUAUUGUUCCUAAUAAAUCUCAUCAUUGAAUGCCGACUCUUGCCGAAUUUCCGAAAGCAGAACGUAAAUUACGAAGUUGUAGAAGAGGAUGAGGAUGUAAUCAAUGAAAGGACGAGGAUUGAAAGUGGCAUGGCACAUGAGGACAUUUUGAAAACGAUUAAAUUGAGAAAGGAGUAUCGAAGCGUUUACGGAACAAACGUUGCUGUUCAGAAUUUAAGUUUUGGUAUACAACCUGGAAAGUGUUUCGGUCUGUUGGGCGUCAAUGGGGCCGGAAAGAGUACGACCUUCAAGAUGCUCACCACGGAAAUUAUUGCUACGGCUGGUAGAAUUGUCUUAAAGGAAGAGGACGUUGGUUCUGGACCUCUUUGUAACGGUGAAGUUGGUUAUUGUCCUCAGACCGAGGCCUUGGACGGUUUCUUGACACCGCAUCAGUGUUUGACGAUACACGCUGAGAUUUGCGGUUUGAAGAACGUUCCUAAGAUAGUCGAAAAUACAUUGAAAAGGCUCGAUCUUCUUAAGUAUGCUCAUCAAAGGGUUAGCAGUCUUAGUGGUGGAAAUAAAAGAAAAUUGUGUACAGCUGUAGCAGUAAUGGCUCCAGUUUCUGUAAUUCUCAUGGACGAGCCAACGAGUGGCAUGGAUCCAGCGACGAAGGAUUUAGUUGGAUGUGUGGUUAAGCACGUCACGAAAAAUCACAGUAGCGUGAUAUUAACGUCUCACAGUGUCGCUGAUUGCGAAAGUUUAUGUACCAGAGUGGGAAUUCUUGCCAAAGCCGGUCUCAGGUGUAUAGGAACACCGCAACAUUUGAAGCACAAAUUCGGCGAGGGCUACGUUGUUUUCUUGAGAUUCAGCAAACCGACGUUAAUCAGUGAUCUCAAGAGAGCCAUUGCGAAUCAUCUUCCACAAGCCGUUGUAUUUUCGAGACAAGCAACUGCAGCACGUUUACUGGUGCCAAAGAAUGAGGAGAUGGCACUGAGCAACAGUUUCGCCAAAGUGAAAAUGCUUGCGGAUGAGCUCAAAGCUACGGAUUAUACGCUCUCUCAGAGCUCCUUGGAUCAGGUGCUCGUAAAUUUCUCGGAGGAACCCGAGGACGAAUCUACGAUCGAUUCUAUGAGAAGUGGUUACACCAACGCCUGCUUCAACAUGGACAUCAUUCAUAUGGAUACGCUUUGAGGAUGGAACAGAAAAUACACCAUUUUUCUUUUCUCUCUGUUAUUUUCAUUCUUUCUUUCUUUCUAUAGAAAAUAUUUUUUUUUAUUUCAUGGGCCCCAAAGCGAAUUCGUUUCUUCUCAUUUUCAAUGCGCGAUCUCUCUGUGCGACUAUUGCUGUGAUAACUCAAAAUUUUCAUUUUUUUUCUUACUUUUUUCUUUUCUUUCAUUUAUCAUCUCUCUUUUCUUAUCUCUCUCUCUCUCUCUCUCUCUCUUUUUUAUAUAUCCCUUCUUAAAACCCAUGAUUACGGGUUAAUAGGUAUAUCAUGAGCCCCGACAAAUACAAAAACAUUGUUACUUUACAGUUUAUCCUCGUCGAUUAUUUGAAAGAGUCCGAUGAUUUUUGUACAUGCAUUUUAGUUCCUAUACUGUGUUUCUCUUGGAGUGCUAUUCUUCAUGCUUUCCUUUUUCUUUUUCUUUUUCUUUUUUUUUCUUUUCUUUUUUUCAUUUUUCUUCUUCUCAGUAAUCAGAAAACAACUUCGAGUACUUAAGAUUUAGAUGAAGUGUUUCUUUAACGUAAACUAUUCAUAAGUAUUAUUAUUAGCUUUUAAUUAUUAGUAAGGGACUAAUUAAUUUUUACUUUUGAUUAAUUAGAUUUAAAGUUUGCAUGAACAAAUUGAUGUAAUGUCGUACAUGUAUUUUUCUUUGUAUCGAAUUAUUAUUAUUAUUAUUAUUAUUAUUGUUUUUGUUGUUAUUAUUAUUAUUAUUAUUAUUAUUAUUAUUAUUAUUAUUAAUAAUUUUUUUUUUCUAUUUUCUUGUAAUCAAUAAGUAUUUCAUAGGUUUGAAAUCAAAGCAAUAGGAUCGACAGUAUACUGAAAUAGCGAAACGAAUGUGAACGAUACGCUCCAUUAGUGAAUUCUAUCGAUCGAUCGUUUAAGUAUCCAUUUAACUGUGCUGAAUGGAUCGACGAUAAGAGUCUUAAAUUGAGAUGAAAAACGUCAGUAUUACGUUGCACGUCUAUGUGUAUGCAUAUGUUGUAUUUACCGAAUGCAAUCAAAUCGUUCGACUUACUUAAACGAAAAUGGAAAAUAUUCGAUUAUAUUCCUUCCUAUUUCUCGGGACGAACGAUUAAGAUUAAAAAGAUUUUCCUUAUAACUUUA